AUGGGUUUCGAGUUCAAUACUGAAAGGUGGAAACACAAGCAGAUGGUUGAGAGGGUGCAGCAGAUCUACAGCCGUCAGACUGUUGGGACACCAGAUGAGCUGAUGAGUGCAGGUGGAUUCAAACCUUACUGGAGGCUCGACACUGACACCACAGAAGAUGUGGAGGAUUUACUCAUCGUCUGUAAUAGUCAGGUUUCAGGAUGUACCAUAGUGACGCUGUCAUCUCCCUCGGCAUCUACGCUGUACGUGGAGUGGCUCAGCUACCCCAAAGCUUCUCUUUAUCAGCUAAACAUGACAGUUGUGAACUCCACCAGCGUUGCACCAGUGAUAGUGGUGCAAGCAACUCCCACUAAUAAGCUUGUUCAGGGUUUAAGACCGGGAACUCUUUAUGCGGUCACCCUGAAGGCCUAUGAGGUCCUUAACACUCCGUCAUGCACGACCACUAACGUAACCUUAACAGUGCCUGCUGUGACUCAGUUCACCACCGCCAUUGCUAUUUCAAGCACAUCCAUAAGGUUUGAAUGGUCCAGUGUGACCGGGGCAGAAAACUACAUCUUGUUUGUAGUCGAUCCGCUCUCUUCAUCCCCAAAGACUCACACUUAUACGUCUCUGAGUGGACAAAUAGGUGGUCUGACUCCCUCCACUUCCUACAAGUGUUACAUUUACUCGUCCAACAGUGCAGGACUAGGAGCCAAGAGCAACACAAAGACCAUUCUAACCUUGGUGCAGCCACCAACUAAUGUGACGAUAACAGCAACGGAAACAAACUCAAUCCGGGUGACAUGGAAUCCUGUAAACAAAAUCCUGGCCUACCAAGUGAGUUGGACCAAUACAGGAAAACCUAACCUAACCAGUGUCCAAACCACAUCGUCCACCAGUAUGGAGAUCUCUAAUCUGGACUCCUGCAACACCUACAUUGUUGGAGUAUCAUCUAUAAAUGCCUUCUUGGAUCCUGGAGAGCCUUCUAAUGUUUCAUACACAGCCUCCACUAUUAUUGGAGUAACGACAGUCUCAACGAGCUACAGUUGCUCCCAAAAUGCAGCGACGGUGACCUGGGAUCAGGUCCCUGGGGUCAGCAGGUACAGGGCCACAGCUGUCGAUGGUAAAGGAGCCUCCAUGAACUGCACUUCAUCCUCCACCACCUGCCAAGUCACUGGUCUCAACUGUGGUGAGGAAUACCACGUCAGUGUGGCAGCCAUUUCUGGUGAUUGUGAGAGGACAUCCGAUGCCACCUCCAUGUUUGUCACAGUGCAUGCAUGCAACACCUUCUCAUUUUACACCCGUGUGUGUCACACGUACUUGUGGACUUUCCCGAUGCGUUCUCAUGAAUCUGCCCUGUGGGAAGGAGUUUGGGUUCUUUCCGUAAAGUCCCAUCCUUGUUCUCAUGUUGAACAACCUAUCAAACUGAUUAGGCAGGGAAGGUUUCUCCCCUGUGCUCCAACGUUUACUGAGACCCAACACGACUGUUCCUCAAACGUCAUCGUCUUCAGCUGGCAGCCCACCAUCAACGCCUUCUACUAUGUAGCCACAGCUGUAGACAGCAGUAAUGUGCUGAGAGAGUGUAGGACGCUGGACAACUCGUGUGACUUCACUGAUACCACGUGUGGUCAGUCCUACACCUUCCAAGUGUACGCUGUCACCAGUACGUGCAACAGUCUAACGAGUGAAUCGAAGGUUGUCCAAACCUCUCCCUGUUUACCGACUAACAUAAAAACAUCAGCUGACUGCAGCUCUAACAAGCUCACCACAACCUGGGACCUCUCUGUAGGAGCUCUUUCCUACACCGUCAAAGCUGAGGGGAACAAUGGCAAUAGCUACAACUGCUCCUCCACCUCCUCCUCCAAUAACUGUUCAAUUGAUGGUGUGUCAUGUGGUGAACAACUCAGCGUGUGGAUGGUUGCCUCCAAUGACCACUGCACCACCGACAGGGUGCUGGGAGAGUCCGCUCAAACAGCUCCCUGCACUCCCACCAACGUCACAGCAUCAGCAGACUGUAGCCAGGAUUCUGCCACCGUUACCUGGGUGACGAGCUAUGGGUCCCUUCUUUAUUUUGCGAUUGCUCAAGAUGCAAUGGGGAAUUCAUUCCAGUGCUACUCACUAGACACCAGCUGUUUGAUCCAAGGCCUAAGAUGUGGAACGACCUACUCUACCACAGUGUAUGGCACUAACCUCAUGUGCAACAGCACAGAGAGUCAGGAAGUUGAUUUUAUCACAGGACCCUGCCCUCCAACUAAUAUCGAGGCAUCUAGAGACUGUAAUCUGAAUACUGCUGUGAUUGCCUGGCAAAACCAGAAGUCAGGACUCCACACAGCUACAAUAGAAGAUCAGAGCAGCAAUAAACUCGAGUGCAGAAGUGACACUGUCAAGAGCUGUCAAAUCCCCUCUCUGCCUUGUGGAAAGAAAUUCAAUGUUACUGUGACAUACAGUGAUGGACAGUGUCUGUCCACCUCUACAGCCGUUAGCAUGGACUCAGUACCAUGUGGUCCUGAGAAUGUGAGAGCCCACGUCAAAUGUGGUACCGAUAAACUGAACAUAGCGUGGAGCAGUCCGGUUCCUGCAGAGAACUACAGCGCCAUCAUCUCCACCGGAAUGGGCCAGCCUCUGCACUGCAACUCCACAGAGACCAACUGCACCGUGGGAGGUUCAUGCCAGAGCCUGCCAAGUUCAGAGGUCUCUGUGUUAACAUGUGAGAACCAAACACAGACAAAGAUUGGACAUAAAGUGCCAUGCCCUCCCACCAAUGUCCAUACUGUGCAAAGCUGUGGUUCAGAUCCUGUUUCUGUGCAGUGGACCUCUAGUGGCAAUGCCAGGCGUUACAUUGCUGAAGCUGUGAGCAGCAAAGGUGACACUGUGGAGUGCUCAACUAACAACACAUCCUGUGACCUUCCUGCACUCCAGUGUGGAGAGGUUUACAACAUCAGCACUGUAGGAGCUAAUGGCAACUGUACUGGUCAAUGGAGCAGCCCUCUGUCCCUGAGAACAAAGCCAUGCCCGCCCUCUGGCGUGACAAGCCAGGUGAUGUGUGCUGAUAGAACUGCUCAGGUGCUCUGGACUCCCAGUGCCAACGCAGUGAGCUACACUGCAAAAGCCACCAGCCAAGCCGCACCGCUCUCCUGCAUGAACUCCUCCUUUAACUGCACGCUGCAUAACCUGGUCUGUGGUCAAGUGUACAACAUCCAGGUUUAUGCAUCUGAUGGUAUCUGCAACAGCAACUACAGCACCCCCUUCUGGCAAGACCAAGUACCCUGUGCUCCUGAGAACGUCACCACAGAUCUGCAAUGUAGCACCAAUGACCUUACAGUCCACUGGAACCCUUCUCCAUUACCCCUCAACUUCAGCGUUCUGCUGGAUGGGAACACCAGCCUGACCUGUCAUUCCAACAACACCAGCUGUGUUUUCAGCGGCCUUCAGUGUGGACAAACCUACAAUGUUUCUGUCAAAGCCUCCUCUGGCAGCUGCAGUGGACCAUACAGCCCAUCACAAAUUGUUCAGACAGCCCCCUGCUCACCUCAGAGAAUAACAGCACAAACAUACUGUGGCAUGAACUCUGUCAUUACCUCCUGGGAUGCUGCUGCAGGAGCCUCUGUUUACACAGCAACCUUGACCAGCUUGAACGGCUUUUCCGAGAGCUGCUCCUCAUCAAAUCUUACAUGCUCCUUCUCCAACUUACAGUGCUCCACAACUUACACCAUCCGAGUAAACUCCCAGAGUGCUCACUGCAUCAGCAGUCCCAUUCAAACUGCUGCAACAACAGCACCAUGUGAUCCAAUGAAUGUGACCAGCGUCCUGCAGUGUGGCUCAGAGUCAGCUACGGUGUCUUGGGUUGAAAGUCCAGGCGCAGUAGCCUACACCGUCCUUGCUCAGGAAUGUCUCUCGGGUCAGCAUGCUUCCUGCAGAAGUAACGCAACUUCCUGUCAGCUGAAUCAGUUGCAGUGUGGAAAUGUUUAUAAUCUGACUGUACUCGCUGAGGAUGCCACCUGUAACAGCACAGGAGCAACCAGAGGAGUCCUGAUUACAGCUCCAUGCUCUCCGUCCAUCCAAAGCAGCGAUCUGAUCUGUGGAAACAGUUCUGCUCUUCUUUCUUGGACACCAGUGGUUAAUGCAAAAGGUUACACAGUUAAUGCAACAGAUGCAGAUGGACGCAGCGUUUCCUGCAGCUCGCCCUCUGGUUCAUGCACCCUAACAGAUCUUUUGUGUAGCGAGACCUACGAGGUAAAAGUCACAGCUCAAGGAAGCCAGUGUGACAGUGCACCUGGACCCAGUACUAACAUUAUCACAGCUCCCUGUGCUCCAGCUUUCUUAUCUACAGAGUAUAGCUGUGGAUCCAAUACAGCAGUGGUUAGCUGGUCUGACCCAGUGGGACAAGUUGGGUUUUUCUCCCAUUUGACUGGAAAUGGGUAUCAGGACAGCUGCAACACUGCAAACACCACCUGUGUGUUUGAAAAUCUGCCCUGUGGUUUGGAUUUUUAUGCAAGCAUCCAAGCUCAAGGGGACAAAUGCAACAGCAGCAUCAGUGUCAGCAAAUCUCUUCAAUCAGUCUCGUGUCCUCCAGCGAAUGUGAGUGUCACCCUCCUGUGCUCCAACUCUUCAGCUCUGGCGACGUGGGUGGCGAGCUCCAGUGUUAGUUAUUAUAAUGUGACAAUGACCAGUCAGAAUGGACACACCCAUCACUGUCACACCAACUCCACCAGUUGUCAGGUUCCUUACCUCCACUGUGGAGAGACCUACAGCGUCACAGUCACACCACACUCACAGUCAUGCACAGGAAUCCCGAGUGCAGCUUACAGCUUCAGAGCAGGGGUUUGUGCUCCAAGUAACAUCACGAUAUCUCAGGUUUGUGAGAACAGCACCAUCUUGUGGUCUCCAGUACCAGGAGCUGAAAUGUUCACAGCAACAGCAACAGCAAGUGGAGCUGCUGGACACACUCAUACCUGCAUGGCAAACUUUUCCAACUCAUGCGGUUUCACUGAUCUCGACUGUGGGGAAAACUACUCUGUUACCGUAGCAACGCUUGACCGAGGCUGCUGGAGCAAGCCGAGCUCAGCAGUGCAGCUAACGACAGUUCAGUGUCCACCAGCUAACCUGAACGGCUCAGUCAACUGUGAGACCAACUCUGUGACCCUCACAUGGAGUCCAGUGACUGGAGCUACUUAUACUUUACAGUGGAAGAUGCAAGGCAGCACAUCCCCUCCAUCAGAACAACAAACCACCAACACUUCUCUCCCUGUGUCUGACCUGCUGUGUGGAGAAACAUACGUUUUCUUGAUUGCGGCUCAGGUUUCAGGCUGCAGAAGUCGCUAUAGCCUGCCUGUAGAAAUAAGCACAGGUCCUUGUCAGCCCACAAACUUUACCGCCCUGGUGGACUGUGGCACCAACAAUGGAAAUUUCUCCUGGUCAAACAGCAGCGGAGCGGGUUUCUACACUGUUCAGGCGGUUGGAGAUGAUGGACACAUAGCAUACUGCUCCUCCGACGGCAACUCCUGUGCUGUGAAACUUCACUGUGGCCGCUCGUACUCCGCUACGCUGGUGGCCUCCACAGACAGCUGCAACAGCACCAAACACACUGAUAUUUACUUCAAGUCUGCUCCAUGCCUUCUAGACAACGUUGUCGCUGAGCUGGACUGCAACACCAACGAGAUGAACGUGAACUGGAGCAAGACUUCUGGCUCAGAUGAGUACACCGCCUGGGCCAUAAGCACAGACGGGCACAGAGUCUCCUGCAACUCCACAUCAAACCACUGCUCCAUCCAAAACCUCCGGUGUGGCAAGAUAUACGAGGUGGCCGUCACCUCCAAGUCCAUUGACUGUGAAAUGAUUGCUGGCUCUGAUUACAAGGUUCAGUCUGCUCCUUGUGGACCUGAGGACACCACAGCUGAGCUGAUCUGCAACUCCAACAUCAUAACGGUGAAGUGGGACCACAACAGCACAAGUCAGAACUUUACUGCUAAAGCUACAUCUGCUGCUGGUGUGAACUCCACCUGCGACUCUGCAGGGAGCAGCUGCUCCUUCCUGGAUCUGAGCUGUGGUCAGCUCUACAGCUUCACCGUGACAGGACACACCAACGUGUGCAUCAGCGACGCCAGCCCCCCCACACAGAUGCUCACCGCUCCAUGCAUGCCAACCAGUGUGUCAGCUGAGCUGAACUGUACUUCAAGCAAAGCUCUGAUCAGCUGGAGAAGAGGUGCAUCAGUUGAAGCCACAGCCUACAACGCCCUGGCAACCUCCUCCACCGGCCACAACUCCUCCUGCACCAGCAUGGGCGCAUCCUGUUACAUCGAUCACCUGGUUUGUGGUCAGGUAUACUCGGUAUCUGUUGAAGCAAUCCACAGUGGAUGUCCUGGUCCUGUUAGUCCUCCCACCAAGCUCUCUACAGGGCCCUGCGUUCCUGUGAUCAACUCUGUUCACUACAACGUGAGCGCCGCCUGGGUGUCGUGGGGGGCAGCAAACGACGCCAGCUCAUACUUUGUUCAGGCUAUAGCGAACCAGAACCAACUGGUCACCUGUGACACCAAUGAUACCUUCUGCUCCCUCAACGGCCUUCAGUGUGGUCAGAUCUACAAUGUGACAGUGACAGCACAAAACCAGGCCUGUGUCAGCAUGCCCUCUGAACUCUCCUUCCUAAUGACAGCUCCUUGCCCACCCACGAAUGUUCAAGCCAACUUUUCAUGUGAGCAGCUUUCUGCAGCUGUGUCCUGGCAGCAGAGUGACCUCGCCGUGGGCUACGUGGCCUACCUGGAUGACCUGAGUGGUCACUCCACUUCGUGUGUUGGCGCACAAUCUGACACAAGCUGUGUGGUUUCUAAUCUGAUCUGUGGCACAGUGUACAACAUCUGGGUCAAAGCUCUUGGAGUGCAGUACAACAGCUCAGACAGCUCAGUGGUCUCCUUAACAUCAGCACCUUGCCAGCCGAGCAGCAUCAGCGCCGUUUUGGACUGCGAGGACAACCGUGCCUCCGUAACGUGGCGGCCCGCUGCUGGAGCCCAGUCAUAUGUUACUGUGCUCACAUCGACCUCAGGCCACAGCAGCAACUGCAGCACAAACCUGACCAGCUGCCAGCUGAGCUCCCUGCAGUGUGGAGAACCAUACACAGUCACAGUAACAUCACACGGACAGACGUGUUACAGCGCAGCUCAGAUGGCAGGAUUCCUCACCACAGCUCCCUGCUUGCCCUCACGGGUUAAUGUCAGAGUCAGCUGUGAGUCGGAUGGUGAUGCUUUAGUCUUCUGGAGUUCAGCCCAGGGAGCAACGAAUGUUUCACUGGAGGCCGUCGUUGGAGGGAGUCUUCAAAGUCUGUGCACAACUCAGCAGAACAGCUGCAAUGUGACAGGUCUAAGCUGCAGUGCGUCCUACAAUCUCAGCCUCAUCGCGAGCAAUGACCAGUGCAGUAUCACGGCACCGACAUACGCCAACCUCACCACACGCCCCUGCCCUCCUCAGCAUGUGGCCGUCAGCCUUCAGUGUGGCUCCAGCACCGCAAUCCUGUCCUGGGAGAAGAGAUCUGAUGUUGAACUGUACACAGCAAGAGCAAUCAAAGCUUUGGGUGGACAAGUGACUGAAUGCAACUCUACAGGCUCCAGCUGCCAGUUCUCCAGUCUGGACUGUGGAGAGAUUUUUAACUUUACAGUCAGAGCACACAGUCAGGGCUGCUGGAGUCAGGAGAGCAGCAUGGUGCUCAUCCAAACAGAGCCUUGCCAGACUCGGAUUGUUUCUGCUCAGGCUCUCUGCCAGAGUGAGCAGGUCCAGAUCUCCUGGACCCAAGCAGCCGGUGUUGUGAGGUACUUAGUUACAGCUGCAGGAAACCUGGGACGCGUGGAAAUCUUCAACACGACACAACCCCUUCUUUCUGCCACUUUACCAUGCGGACAACACUACAAUGUGACGGUGGAAGGACAGGGCAGCAAGUGCAGCACCCCCAGCAAUCCUGUCUUCUUCACAACUGGUCCAUGUGCUCCCUCGUCUGUGGCAACCUCCACGCAGUGUGAGUUAAACGUGGGCUCCGUCAGCUGGAGUCCCAGCGAUGGUGCUGAAUCAUACGUUGCCAUAGCGACUAGCCUCGACGGCCACACUCACAAGUGUCUCACCAACGCCACGUCCUGCACGUGGAGUGACCUUCACUGCGGGGAGGAGUACACUGUUGCAGUGAGUGCAAAGGCUGGAAACUGCACCAGCCUGCCAAGCAACAGCACUGUCAUCUAUAUGGAUCCCUGCACGCCCACGAACUUGUCUGUCUCCGUGAGUUGCUGUGACAAUAAAGUUGUUCUUCUGAGUUGGGAUGGCAGUCAUGGAGCAACACAUUACUUGGCAUUGGCUGAGACGGGAGACAAAUCAGUCAGUCUCGUAACUAACGUCUCCACAGCCCAUUUCUCUGAGCUCAUCUGUGGACAGAACUACAGCCUCACAAUCACGCCCCAUAGCCAGAACUGCGCUGGCAGCUCAAGUGCACCAAACUACGUGCAGGCGUGGCCAUGCACACCAUCAGGAAUCUCCGCAUCGCAGGACUGCCUCUCUGGCAACGCCGUGGUAUCCUGGCAGGCCGUCAACGGCACAGACAACUACACAGCCAACAUGGAGACGGACUCUGGCCUCUCGCAAACAUGCACGUCGGAAGCCAACAAAUGCAGCGUCACUGCCCUGGCGUGUGGACACAACUUCUCUGUUUCUGUCACAGCUCACAACCAGCAGUGUAGCGUCACAUCCACUCAGACCACCAGGCUGCAGUCAGUGCCAUGCAUUCCCCAAAACGUCUCAGUGGCUUUGGACUGUGCCGACAACACCGCUGCCGUGAACUGGUCCCCCAGCCGUGGUGCCAUUGAGUACUCCGUGAUCAGCAACAGCAGCUGCCAGGUCUCUGAUCCCGGCUGCCUCGUGUGCGGCAGCAGCUACAGUGUUCAGGUUGUGUCCAAGGAUGACAAGUGCUCCAGUAUUCCCAGUCAGCCAGUGGUUUUCUACUCAAGCCCCUGCCCUCCACAGAACCUGAGCGCCCAGCUCAGCUGUUCAUCAAACGACUUGACGAUUUCCUGGGAUGCUGUUAGAGACUCAGACCGCUUUCUAGUUUCAUUAACUUCUGAGGUUGGAGGAGCUAGAGACGUAUGCAACACCACACACACCACCUGCUCUUCAGGCAGCAUCGCAUGUGGGAGCGUGUUCACCGUUCAGGUCGCCUCUGUGAGAGGAGGUUGUCUGAGUGAGCUCAUACAGACCCAGAGCAUCCAGUCAGCUCCUUGCCAGCCGCAGGGAAUCCAAGGAUCCCUUAACUGUGUGACAAACUCCGCCCGGAUCUCGUGGGACGCUGUUCCUGGGGCUGAGAGCUACUUUGUGUCAGCUGUAGAUGGAGCGAACUACAGCGCCAACUGUACCGCCUCCACCAACACUACAUGUGAGGUGAAAUAUCUGGCCUGUGGUGCUCUCUAUAACUUCACGGUCACAGCUAAAAACAAAAACUGUGACAGUUCCCCGAGUGCCUCCAUCAGCUUGCAGACAGCCCCCUGCAACCUCACUGGUGUCACCGCUUUCCCUCAGUGCCACAAUUCCUCCAUCCUGGUGGUGUGGGACCAUGACAAAGACGGCAGAGGAACCACGGUGUACACGGUCACCGCAGAAGCCAGUGACCUCACCUUGCUGACUUGCAACAACACUGGCACCAGCUGCUACAUCCACGGGGCUCGAUGCGACCUCCGUUACACCAUCAUCGUCGCCGCUUCAUCAGAACAGUGCAGCGGUUUGAGGAGUCCUCCCUACAGAAUUAGCAUGGAGCCCUGUCCUCUCAGAGACAUGAUGGUGAACGCCUCUUGUGACGAUCACAGCGCUCUGGUAUCCUGGACGCCCUCUCCCGUUGCUGAAGCCUACCUGGUUGUUGCCAUGGCUGCAGAUGGGCACAAACACACAUGCAACACCACCUCCAGUAACUGCAGCCUGUCACAGCUCCACUGUGAGCAGCAGUACACAGUGUCUGUGACCGCGGGUCAUGAGAACUGUUCCAGCAAGGCCAGCCAUAACGCAACUCUUAACACAGGUCCUUGCCAACAAAGAGGACUGUCAGUUGAGUACCACUGUGACUCUCUGGCUGCAGUAUUGUCAUGGACUCCCAGUAGUAAUGCUAAAGAGUACUACGGCAGUGCUCAGGCUGGAAAUGGAGGCACGCUCUACUGCUACAGCUCAAAUGCCACAUGCACUUUAGAGGGGCUUAAAUGUGGAGCUACUUAUAACGUCUCAGUCCAGGCCUCAGACGGCACAUGCAACAGCUCCCUCAGUGCACCUGUGCAGACUGGAGGAGCCCCAUGUCCUCCUGGAGCUGUUGAGGUGCACCUGAUGCCAAUGGAGCUGGAGAUCCAAUUGCUGCAUUUCAGCUGGACGCAGAUCAGCUGUGGAGAGACAGAGUACCUGCUGAGCUUGACAGGAAACCUCCUGGGAGACAACCAGGAGCAGGUUGAGCUUUCGUCUUACUGGACGAACGUAACGUAUUUUGAGAUUCCUCUACCAUGUGGCUCAUAUUAUGCCGCCACGCUGCAGAGCAGGAAUGCUGCAGGCGCCAGUGCCAUGACGGUCCCUCUCAUUGGAACAACAGCUCCUUGCCCACCAUCAGGAGUAAUGUACAGUGGGAACAGCUCCUUAGCAACAGUUUCUUGGAAUGCUUCAGUGUUCGCCAACACAUACACCAUCUAUGACAGCAGUGUGGUGCCAAAGAUUCAGCUGUGCAGCACCAAGAUGCUGGCCUGUUCUCUGUUCAACAUAACUUCAAGCAGCCUGCAGAUCACAGCCAGCAAUGCAGCUGGGGAAAGUCAACCAGUUCAUGUCUCAUUUAGCACACAUGGCCGCAGGAGGAGAGAUCUCAGUGAAAAUGUGCAGGUUGAUGGAGCUCCACUCAUUGAAGUAACACAGCCUGCAGCAACAGUUGUUUACCUCCAAUGGCCUCAGGAAGAGAAUGCCACCUUUUACGACCUGAGGGUCAAUAAGCAAGGCAGCUCCGACGGGAGUCAGAAAUUCCAUGUGUACGGGGAAACCAUCAUCCUGUCUGAUCUGAGCCCAGACUCCACUUACUGCUUCUCCAUUUUGGCUGUUAAGGGAACAAUGAGUGGACCAGAGUCAAAGCCAGUGUGUGUGCAAACAGGCCUGGCAUCGUAAACACGGACUUUCGGUCCUGAUGGAUUUCUAACGUAAUGAUCAUGCAUGUGGCAGCACUUUUAAACGACAAAUCCUGACUAUUGUAAAAUGUGCUGGGCAUCAUUUAUGCCUUGUUGUUUGUUAUAGUCUCAGUUUGGAUCAACUGCAUGUCUAUUAAAGAUGUGUAUCUUGUA